AUGAAUAGCCAUCAAUAGGCAUUAAUAAACAGAAAAAAAUCCUCAGAGGAAUAUCUAAUGAUGAAUAUCUAAACGCCCGUAUAAACGAAUACUCAGAUUUAUAAUUUGAUGAAAUAUUUGAUAAAGAUUGCAAUCAAGAAGAUUUUUAUUUAACUUCUAUUAAACCAAUUUUAGGAGAUUUUUUUAAUUAAAAAAAAAAUGGACUAGUAUUUGCUUAUGGGAUAACAAAUUCUGGAAAAACGCAUACAAUUUUAGGAAAUUUAGAAAAAAAUGAGCAAGAAGGUAUUUUUCCUCGAAUUGUGUAGUUUUUAUUAAUGGCGAAAUCUUAUAUAUUAAAUAAACAGGAAGAAAUAAUAAAAAUACAAGAAGUAGAAAUAGAAAUGA